GAGGGGAAAGAACGACUGAGAAGAAAUCAUAAGAAAACCAUUGCAGUUGGUGAUGCAUGGUAAAACUGGGGACUCUUCCAGCAUAUCAGGAUAAAAGGAAAUACUUUUUUAACGCAGCAUUAAGGUCAUGUUUGGGUCUGGUCAUCCCCUAAAAGGCUUAAAAGUUUUCUGACAUUAACUGCUUUUUUGUGGGCACUUAUAAAAUGUAUGAAGCAACAUAUUAAAGAAGCAAAUUUCUGAAUGUGAAGAAAAGAAGCGAAAAUGUAUCUUUUGUUAAACUCCAGCUUGCAAUGUUGCUGAUGCAUUUAGAAGAAACAGCGAAAGGAGAAAAUGGCAUGUGGCAUGAACAAAACCCACUGCCACAUCUGAACUGAAGUUCUGGAUUUUGCAGCAUCCUGAGAACCGGAGGGCACACCAUACAUAGACGGCUGCCACGCAACACUGCGUUGAAUGCACUGCCUAUGAAGUGCUUCACGCACUAGAGGGACCGCUAUCCUAAGGACCAAGCAAACGAACAGAGGACUCAUCCGCCCUUCUCCAUCCUGCUUUGAAGUUCAGCACUUUCCCCCCGACCGAGUCGAGUUGUUCACAUGGGAGUGUGUCAUUUGUGAGCAGAAUUUGCCCCCACCUUGUCCCCGCGCCAAUCCCGCCCCCACUCGGAGGGACUGUGUGACCAUGCUGGCCAAGCCCCGGCACAGGCAGAGCAAACAUUCCCCCAGCCAGGCCAGCGAGAGCAGCAUGUCCCAGCAAGCGGCGGCUCUGCCGGAGCUCAACUCCACGGAGUGGGGCAACUGUGGCGUCCUGUGCAAGAACCUGCACUGGGCCUCACUGCUCAUCCUCAUGGUCAUCAUCCCCACCAUCGGAGGCAACAUCCUGGUCAUCUUGGCCGUGUCACUGGAGCGCAGGCUCCAGAAUGCCACCAACUACUUCCUCAUGUCCCUGGCAGUGGCUGACCUACUCGUGGGGCUGCUGGUGAUGCCCAUCGCCCUGAUUACUGUGCUUUUCAACUCAGGAUGGCCCCUGCCAGAGUUCCUGUGCCCCAUCUGGCUCUUUCUGGAUGUUUUGUUCUCUACUGCCUCCAUCAUGCACCUGUGUGCCAUCUCGCUGGACCGUUACAUCGCCAUCAAGAAACCAAUCCAGCACAGCCAGUACAAGUCCAGGGCCAAAGCCCUGGGCAAGAUUGCACUGGUCUGGCUGAUCUCUAUAGGUAUCGCCAUACCGAUACCCAUCAAAGGACUACAAAGCUCUGACCAUCCAAACAACGUAACAUUCAACAGCAACCACAUCUGCCUGCUCACACUCGAGAGCUUCGGGGAAUUUAAAGUGUUUGGCUCUCUAACAGCUUUCUUCAUCCCCCUCACAAUAAUGAUGAUCAUCUACCUGCUGACUAUUCAGGUGCUGCGUAAGAAAGCCUGUCUGCUCAGGUCAAAGGCAUGCCAGAGAAUCAAUAGACCGACAGUUUCUACAGUCUUUCAAAGGGAGCACGCGAUGCCUUCUCCAGCCGAGAACCUCCCCACGCUUGAAGGAAUUAAGAGGGAUCAAGCGCUUUGCCCCACCCACCCUAUCACAGGGGAUGACAUUCCCAUUCGGAGGAUGUCCACUAUUGGAAAGAGGUCCAUGCAAAACCUGAGCAACGAACAGCGGGCAUCAAAGGUCCUGGGGAUUGUAUUCAUGCUGUUUGUGGUAAUGUGGUGUCCAUUCUUCAUUACCAAUGUCACCUCAGUGCUCUGCGCCAGCUGCGACAUCAAGUUAGUCGACAGGCUGUUGGACAUUUUUGUAUGGGUGGGUUACAUCUCGUCAGGUGUCAACCCUCUAGUCUACACACUUUUCAACAAGACUUUCCGGGAGGCUUUUACACGCUAUAUCACGUGCAACUUUGGCAGCAAGAAAUCACCCCAAAAACAAUGUAGGAACUUGACAAGAAUUUCCUUUCACUCUUCUAUGACAGAGAACUCGAAACUGUUCAUGAAGCACGGCAUGAAGAACGGCAUUGGUGCUGUGAGCUACCAGAGCCCCCUACGGCGGCGCCCAGCGCACCUGCAGCCCUCCACCAGUGUCACGCUGGACACACUGCUCCUCACUGAGAAUGAGGACUGCAAACCCGACGAGAGCAUCAGCUGUGUGUAGCCUGAGAACCUGCACUUUUGAGUGAACACAGAGACCGGGGCGUCACCCUACACAAACAGCUCACUAGUGAAUACUGUGUGGAAUGGGGUAACUGCACCGGGUUUAGAUAGAUAAUGGUAAAUAGACCAACCAUUUUAAUACCCUGCAGUGGAAGCUAUAUGGGCCUAAAAUCUUUGGAAACUUACAUAUGUUGAAGGAAAUCAAUGCAAUCAAUCUGGAAUUGAUGAAUGAUAGAACCGAGAACUAUUAACAAUGACUGAGUUCAGUGUAUGCAUGUUAUUCACAACACUGCUGGUCAACAGGGUCUGCUACAAGUAGCCUAAAUAUGUGGCACUCUUAUGCAUGAUGAACAGACUACAUACUCAAACUAUGCCUUCACUGACUACAAAGAAAGAUGGAAAAUGGUUUUGUAUUGUUUGGUUUAUAAAGAGGAUUCAGAAAAGAAACAUUAUCAAUUGUAUUUAAGACCGUAUUUGUGCUGUCAUAAAUGGCCUCCUCAAAUAUUAUAAAUAUUCAACCUGAUUUGUAAAUAUUGACAAAGUCUAUACAAUCUUUUCUUCCUGAAUAAAAUGUUUCAGAUAAAUAUUCUGCAUCCUCUUGCAUCCCCAAAACAAAUAAUACAUUUGUGAUAAGACUACACCCUUAAAGCGGGCC